AACGCUUGUUGCUUCCACGUCUCUCUCUCACACUCUCCCUCCGCCUCCGUCUCGGUCGAUACGCGUCGCGCCAGUUACCGCUAGAGCCGGACCGAAUCGGCGCCAUUAUUCGACCAGUUUGUCCCGAAAUUCAAAAGCAAAUGGCGGGUCAAAAAGUUCAAGAUUGAAAUCUGAAUUUGAAUGGAAAUGCCAUUACAACAGUGACGUGAAGAAGCCAGAGAUUUGCAUUGAAAUUGUGAAAGAUGGUUGGCUGUGAAAGAGGAAGCGGAAAUGAAUUGAAAAUCGAAUUAUGUUUGCAUUGAAUGAAAUGCAGCCAAAAAAAGAUGAAAGAAAAUAGCAAAAGUAAUUCCGCCAGCGAAGAGGAAACCCGCUGAAAGGAAAAUACAGAAUACAAAUGUAAACAAAAGUGCAUAUAAUACACAGAAUUAACGAGUGGAGUGUCUCAAUGAAUGUGUAAACCGUCAAACGGAAAUUUAAAUAAAUCGUAAUUAUUAGAUAAUAAUUGCUUUGUACAGCGGAAACUACCAGUACGAGUCCGAGUGCGAGUACUGAGUAUUUCCCUCACUUUAAAAAUAGCUUCAGUAUUUGUGUGUGUUUGUGAUUAAUAAAAAUUCGAUGUGCGAAUUGUUUACAAUUGAAAAGAAACGAAACAAAUAGCAUAUCCAUACGUAAGUGUUGGAUCAACGCAAACAAAACCUUGAAAGCUUUCAACCAUCACCAUCAUCGGGAAAAGUCAACAAUUAAUAGUGGAUUUCAUAGAGCUAAGUGGGUCCAUCAUCCAUCAUCCAUCGGCAGCAGAAUGGAAAGCCAGAUGUGAACACAACAAACAACACCCACAACACAAACAGCUAUGAGCAGACCAGAUCCUCAAAAUGCUGUUCACACACACAAUUGGCAUUAGCUUCAUAAUCCAGCAAUGGCUGGUGCUGGUGCUGAUAUGUUGUGCAACUACCAGUGCCACGGACUUGGGGGUCAACAGUAGCACUACAACUGCCUCGGGCAUAGGGCGCAACAGUAGCACUGCCGGUGCCACCACAAUGGCAACAACUUCGGGGAUCCCAAGGCCAGAUGCCAGCCAGAAAGCAUCAGAUGUGAGAUCAGCAGAGCCAGGAACCAGGAUACGCAUCAACCCAAUGACCGAUGGGGAAAUCACGGAACUGAGUACCAACGUCACUUUGUACAUGGAGAAGAUACCGCGCAUACAGGUGCGAUGGCAGGACAACCUGCCCGAAGGCACUUCCUACAAUGUCCUUGUCAGUGCCGUGAACAACACACGCUGUCCGGAUGCCCCCUGCAGCGAGUACGGCAUCAAGGAGAAGCCAUCGAGCUAUGUCUACCUGCCGCUCAACCCCAAUCUUAAUGUGGAGUCGGUCGACUGCAACUACAUGUUCGGCUGUCAGUAUAAGGUCACCGUGGAGACCUCUAAUGCCCUGGUCCGGAGAUCCACUCGCAUCUUUAUUCCACAAUGCGUGUCCGGAAAGUGCUCCUGUCAGCUGGCGCCAACCCCACCCAAGGUCCUGACUGCUGCCAAAAUGCUGACCAACGACACCAUUAGCAUCAGUUUUUCAAUCCAGGCCAGUGAGCAGUUGCGUAAGGAGCAGGCCAGUCACCUGCACGAGACGCUUCGUCUCUACAAAAUGCAAUUAAAAAUAAACGAAGAAAUGAAUCCUUCAUUGCCCUGGGGAGGAGUACUAAAAAAUCUCCUGAUUCGAGCCUAUAAUCUGAGCGAGCUGAACUUCAAGCCCACACCGAAGGGCUUCGAGGGUAACAUGAGGCUGCCGCUUGGCACACAGCUGAAGGAAAAGGCCUCCCUAAAUCUGCAGGCCGUCAUCAUGGAUACGUCUGGCUGUGAAGGGCCUCGCAGUGUAACCAAGGUACCAGUGCCAGCCAAUCCCAUAGUGCUCUCGGACGAGGAUAACGUGAGCAACUCCAUUAUCAUUAUGAGCGCUAUGCUUAUUGCUGUUAUCCUGGCCGGCCUCUACCUGCUGAUGGUGCGCCGCCGACGGGCCCGGACCAAGGCCAAGCUGCAGAAAGAGGAGAUCUAUAUGAAAACCUUCGCUACCUCCGCUAUCGAAAUGGAGGACAACAUCAACUACGUGGACAAGUAUGUGGAGCAGUCGCAGGCCCAGGGUCUGGCCGACAUAUUCGAAGUGCCACACUCGGCCAUCCACAUGGGACGCAUGCUGGGAGAGGGUGCAUUCGGACGCGUUCACGAGGCGACGGCCAUCAACCUGCGACGCAUGCGGGGCACAACUAUUGUGGCUGUGAAGCAGCUGAAACCGAAUCCCACUGCCGACGAGGUGGCCGAAUUUCUGGCUGAAAUUGAAAUGCUCAAGGGUGUUGGCACACAUCACAAUGUGGUCUGCUUUCUGGGCUGCUCCACAAUCAAGGCGCCCUACCUCAUGAUUAUGGAGUAUGUGGGACGGGGCAAUUUGCUGAGCUAUUUGCGAACGGUGCGGCAGGAGGCAGGUAAACUGAAGCUCCGCAAUGCCAACUACACCAGCUGCAAGCCCAUCAUGGCCAGAACGGUUAGUGGUGGCACCUCCACCUCUGCAGGGGGUCUGCCCAAGUCUAACCAGAGCGUCAACUAUAUCGAAUUGAAGGCAUCCAGCCAAAGCAUAGAGCUCCAAUGCUCCGAGGACUCCUCCACUGGUCCUCCGAAUAGUCUGGGACCGGCUCGAGGCCGGGAGACCAUUCCCUCGUUCGCCGAAACCACCUAUACCAUUGUGGAGGACGAGGAGCCCUUUGAGUACAUCCUCGACAACAGAGAGUUGCACAACUUUGCCUUGCAGAUAGCAAACGGCAUGCGAUUCCUCGAAGAGCAAGAGAUUACGCAUCGAGACCUGGCUGCUCGCAAUGUGCUAAUUGACAAUAACAAGACCUUGAAAAUUUCCGAUUUCGGCCUGUCCAGGCAUGGCAUCUACACAAACACAAAGACGCGAAAGCUGCCCCUGCGCUGGCUCUCCAUCGAGGCCAUUCGGGACAAUGUCUACUCGAGCAAGAGCGACAUCUGGGCGUACGGCGUGGUGCUGUGGGAGAUUGGCACGCUGGGCGCAUCGCCGUAUCCCACGAUAAGCAACAGCGAGCUGAUACCCUUCCUGCUGGCAGGAAACCGCCUGCAGCGGCCGGACAUCUGCACACCGCAGGUGUACACCAUCAUGCUGCAGUGCUGGCUGGAGGAGCCCGAGGAGCGGCCCACAUUCGAUGCCCUGUACAGGGUGUUGAGCCCAAAGACCACGUAUGUGGACAUUAACAGUCUGAGUGAUGAUUACGUAUUUCCGCCGAUUAAAGAGAAUAGGGAUUAGAAUAGUCUUU